CUCUCAUCGUUGUUUUAGAUCUUAGCCCGGUGAUAUGAACCUCCGGGUCUGCGUUGCUCGAUACGAUUCUUAUAUAUGCGCUUCUCUGAAUCCCUUAGGACCCUACUACCUCUCGGCGGUCUAGCGUCUCCCCGUAUCAGUUCGUCUUUUUCCAAACUUUCCGAGUGCUCGUAAUCGUCGUUAUACCGCCCAGUCGAAUUCAGACGUCAGAGAAAUCAGUGAUAACGCCGUCAUUACCCAGUAGUUAUACAUUGAAGAUCACAGUUGGAUCACAGCAGAGAUGGCCAACCGCCCAGAAGUUGUAGUCCGUCAUGGCCUCUCUGGCUUCGGACCCAGGAACGCGAUGCUCUUCAAGGGCGUGGUUCUCACUGUCCUGGCAGAGCGCGAAAACCUCAACGCGCUCGGCUCACGCUUGAAGCUAGAGUUUGUCGUCUUCGAGAAGCAGCCCGAAGCCAACGCGGGGUCGGGCAACGCAUUCCAGGUGGACUGUGCCGCCACCAUCAACACCCCUAUGCCCGGGCCUAUUCCGUGUGCCGCGUGGGACAAGGCUCCCGCCGAGUAUCGGCCCAUCAUCACUCCUGGCCGUGACUUAUCCAGCGUCGCUCGUCAGUUCCUGGGGGACAAUCUAGACAAGCACCGGGAGAAGCUUCGCAAGGACAACCCCGCUGGGUAUAAGCUCUUCGUACAGUCCCUCAAAUCAGAUCAGCUCGACCUUUCCGGUCCCUCCACAACUCGUGGCACCGUUGGCCAGAUACAGCAGCUCUCCAUCAAAGAGGUCCUCGCGUUCGUGGAAAAGCAGGUCCCAGAGAUCUCAGUCGAGUUCCACUAUAACCACACCGUCAAAAACGUCGACUUCUCUUCCCCUACCAAGCCUAAGCUGUUUGUCUGCGACGAUGGUGACAACGCGGACAAGGUCUGGGAGUUCGACUUCGUGCACCUUGCCAACGGCACCACAUGGACGCUCCCCAUCUCUGACCAUGCGGUUAACCGCAAGUCGUUCUCCGAGACUCAGAACGUAGACUCUGUUGGCGAGUUUCUCUCCGAGCAAGGACUUCUCGACAAGGUGAAGCUUAUCAAGAAGGGUACUAAGCUGGGCGUCACCGGUAUUUCCUUAUCCGCCUACGACCCCAUCCCCAUCAUUCUCCAGUACACUCAGAUAAUCGAGAUCACCGAGGACGGCUAUCAGAUUAACGAGGAUGUGGCCAAGCAGUAUCAGGGCCUGUUCACGUUCAUCAGCCGUUCGAAUAAGGUCGCUCCCCCUCGCCACCACUUUACUCGUGCAUGGCCCGGCAAGAAGCUGCCUGGCGAUAAAUCGUUCAUUAACAUGGACCAGGCGCACGCUAUGUUCUUGCAGAGGGACUUUGAUUGGGUCUCCUUCGCUCGCGACAUCCUAUACCAGAGCGUCUCGUACGAGAUCGGCACCACCCCUUCUCAUGUUCACCGCAAAAUGUCGGCUGAGGAGCGCAUGAGUGACUACCACCAGCAGACACUCCAGUAUACGGCGGGCAAGACGACGGAAAACGGUCUGAUCCGUGCCGGCUACCAUGCUCUCCUUGAAGGCUUCGGCUUCGAGAGAGAUCCCGAGGAGGCGAACAAGCGUCUCCUCGCCAAGGCUCCUCUCACUCGCUUGGGCCGCGAGGGGGCACCGAUGCGCCGCUCUGCUGCUUAUGAUAUCACCCGCUUCGACGCCGUGAAGUCCAAGUCCAACAGCCGCUUCUUGGAGAACUGGAAGGAGCUGCAACAAACCUUUUCAUCCUCGCCAGUUGCCGUGCACGACAUCAUCGCGCAGCUAUUUGUGCUCGGCGUCGCAACCCAUUCCGAGGGCAACUUCCGCGAUAUUACCUACGACAGGGACAGCCACAAGGUCGUCUUCAAAGAUUUCAGCUUCGAUGCGAUGUUUACGCCAAAGGUCCUCACCAACGGCGCCGACGAGGUCCUCCGGGCUCUUCACGGCAAGGUGAAAACAGUUUACCCCGGCGGCGUGCCCGAGUACACCAAAGGCCGGUUCCUUCAGACCCCUGUAGGCGAUACCUUCAUUCACGCCACGGACGCCGGCUCGGGUGGCAACGGCGUCACCAGAGAGAUAACGCACAAUAAUGGCACUACCUCCCGUUCGAGGGUAGGCUUACAGUGGACCGACACGAACGAUCUCGCCUCUAGCUCCACCUGGUCUGCCAGCGCCUCCCGCCUGCUCGUCCUCCUCAGUGUAUUGCAGGUCAACGGCAGCAAGGCCCCCAUCAAGGACCUCAUGGCCAUCUACAACGAAUCGCUCCCAGGUGCCGACGCGUUCAGGGCCGAGAUCGACUCUUUCAAGGGCGCCUGGUCCGAGCUCGUUGAGAAGAAGUGCUUCCUUGAUACGUGCCAGUUCUUCGCCAAGGACGCGGAAGAAUACCAGAAGUACGCCAGCGACGCCUUCGACCCCAACUCCCGACAGAAACGUCUCUCCGAGCUCUCUAAGCUGAGCGCUGAUGGCGUCGAAACACACUACACCAAGCGCCUCGAAGAGUUUGGGCCGUUUGAUCCUGUCGACAGGGACGAAUAUCUCAGGCGCUUCGUGGACUUUACGUCCGAUGAGCUUGACAAGUGUUGGGGCGCAGUCUUCAAGUUUGCGCACCUGUGGGAGACGCCCCCUCACCACCACUGACAGUGGUGACAGGUAUUGGUUGGUAGGCGGGGCGCUUCAACCGCCCUUGUGUACGUUAUAGCAGAAAGUUGUCGUCAAUGUUCUUUUAGUUCCCCUUUGUUUUCGAAGAUGUAUUAGUAGCACACUGCAAUCCACGACGGCGCGCUCGAGUCUAGUUUCGCUCUGGUUCUGAAGAUAAUUCGCUGUGAUAGAGUUUGUUACUUCACAUGUAUUAUAUGCGUACGCU